GAAGCAGCGUUACUUUCUACAUACUCCAAAUGGCUGUGAACUAAUCUCUCGCCAAAUGCACAGACAGAGCGAAAAACAGAGAAACACACAUUGACCACCAUUGAAGCACCUUCUCAGAACCUCCGCAGCGACCACCCACCUGCAUCAGCAUUCCCCUCUGCGCCGCCUCAUCCUUCAAAACUGUGCUCUCUUCUGCGCCCUCAACGGUCGGCGAGUUCUACCCACCCACCCGCCCCUCCUCUUCGUUCAGUACUCAAUCUGGCGUUUACCUGGGCAAAUUCACUUGCGCGAGCCCUCCUAUUUCGAUCGAUUUUAGCCUAGUUUAAGCCCACAUUCCCUCGGAAUCUGACUUGGGUCCAGCUAGAUUUGAUCAGCUUCCGAUCCAAUUUGAUGGAGCCGACAGCUCUAACCCUAGCCGGAUCCACCGACGCCGCGCUGGAGUCGUUCCUCAACGAGGAAAUCCGGCACCUGAUAGCUCCGCCGCCGGAGAGCGCCAAUUCCUUCACGGCGCUCCUCGGGCUCCCUCGGACUCGGGCCAUCGAGCUCCUCCACUCGCCGGAAACGCCAAAUUCUCCGGGCGUCGCCGUCUCUGGCAACCCCACGAGGCCGUACUUCAACUGCCUCGGUGACGGCGGCGGCGGCUUCGCUUUUGCCGCGGACUCUGAACUCGUAGUGCCCGCUGCGAGGUACUCCGUCUUCGCCGGAGAGAAGAACGACUCUCUGGAGACCAGCUCACAGAAGGUGAAGAACGAGCCCUUGACGGAGUCCGACUCGAACCACAACUCGUCGUCGCAGCCGUUAGUGUCUGAUCCGACGGUGGAAAACAAGGGGCAGAGGCCGCCCAAGAGGAAAGACCGAGAGAAGAAGGGGAAAGCGUCGGCGAAAAAGAGCAAAAAUGAGAGCUCCGAAGUUGCAGAGGAGCUUCCUUAUGUCCACGUCCGAGCUCGUCGCGGUCAAGCCACUGAUAGCCAUAGCUUAGCAGAGAGGGCGAGAAGAGAGAAAAUAAAUGCUCGGAUGAAGCUGCUACAAGAGCUCGUCCCUGGUUGCAGCAAGGUAGCUUUACUUGGUACAUGGUGUAUAGAUAAACCUCAACAACAUUCUGAAGGUAGCGAGAUAUCCGGUACAGCUACGGUGUUGGAUGAAAUCAUCAAUCAUGUGCAAUCUUUACAACGCCAAGUUGAGCUACUGUCAAUGAGACUUGCGGCAGUUAACCCAAGGGUCGAUUUCAACAUGGAUAGCAUUUUUGCAGCAGAAAACGUGUCUCUGGUAGAGAGUAAUUUUCCCAGCAUGGUUAUGCCGCUCAUGUGGCCUGACGUCCAGGUUAAUGGAAGCAGACAGCAGUACCACCAGCAAUGGCAGUUUAAUUCGCUUCCGCCGCCAGUUUGGGGAAGGGAACAAGACAAUCAUAAUUAUGUCACCCCAGAGAAUUCUCUAUUGAGUUACGAUUCUCCAGCAAAUUCAGGAUUCCCAAUUUGUCGGACUAAGUCCUUUUUCAUCUCUCCUUUGCAGCGUCUUUGCACUCAAGAGCCACCGAAAAUGGAGCUAUGAAGGUGGAUUGAGGGUCCACUCGUAGUCUUAGUAAUUGGUGUAUAUAUUAGCAAGAUAUGAGAUUACCCCUUUAGCAGGAAGUAGGAGGCAUCAGAUUCCAUUUAACCUGGGUUUCCCUGCUUCUACCUCAAGUUUUCUUCUAAUUUUGGUCCUAUGGAUUCUUAUAAUUAGCAGCGGAAGGAAACCCAUAUUUCUUCCAAAUUGAAGUAGAAAAUUCCAUACAUAAUCCGUAUAUCUGUACGUAUAUCAUUCACUAACUCUGAGGAUGAGUAAGUCAGCGAGUCUUCAUGAGAAGAUAAGACUGGUCCACAAUGUACAAUGACAGAACCCUCUAGACUAUGAUGGAAGUAAAAUUCCGUGCCGUGAUGCAUAUUUGCCUA